AUGGAUAAUCAACAAAAUGAAGCGGUAAAGACGACUGUUACAGCCUUCAUUAAUGAAAAUUUAGGAUCAGUUUCCGAAUUGAACUUUAUUUCUACGGCACAUGAACCAGACGAAAAAAAUGUUAUUACUACUAUAUUGUCACCUAAUGGCAAGAAAACUGAAAUAACGACUGAUUGUGAUGACGCCAAGAAUCUUGGAAUCCAAGCUUUGGCCAUCGAGCUAACACCCGAGGAAGACAAAAGGCUAGUUAGAAAAAUUGAUCUUAACAUGUUUCCCCUGAUGUCGCUUGUUUACGCCAUUCAGUUCAUGGAUAAGACAACAAUCGGGAAUGCAGCAAUCAUGGGACUUCUUACAGAUCUUGAAAUGACGGGAGACCAGUAUUCGUGGGCAGGAUCUGCCUUUUAUUUCGGCUACCUCGGAGGGCUUUUUAUUCUUCCACCUUUGCUGCAGAAGACCAAAUAUUUCAUGAAGCUAUUGUGUGCCAUUAUCGUUAUAUGGGGUAUGAUAUUGGCUUUGCAUUCUGCACCCCGCGUAAAUUAUGGCUCUUUUAUUUUUCUCCGCUGUUUGCUAGGCUUCUUUGAGAGUAGUAUCACGCCUGCCUUCACUAUCAUAACUGCGCAAUACUGGAAGAAGGAGGAGCAGUUUCUCAGAAUUUGUAUUUGGUUUGGUUUUAAUGGCUUGGGUGCGAUGUGGGGUUGUUCGAUGGCAUAUGGACUUUUUAUUCGUGCCGACACGUACUCUAUUGCUGCGUGGAAAAUUGUCUUUCUAUCUACUGGAUGUAUUACCAUUUUUGUCGGAUUAAUAAUGAUGCUUCAUUUACCUGAUUCUCCGAAAAAGGCAUGGUUUCUAUCCAAGUAUGAGAAACUUCUUUUGACUCAGAGAAUAAGGGAUAAUCAGCAGGGUUUUGGUAAUCAUCAUAUCAAGAAACACCAAAUAAAGGAGGCUCUUGUAGAUCCUAGAACAUGGCUUUUUUUUUUGUAUUGCAUAGCGGCCAAUAUCCCUAACGGGGCCAUGUCAAACUUUCAAUCAAUACUUUUCAGGAGUGAUUUUGGGUAUACUACAGAGAGGACAUUGUUAGUUUCGACUGGUAUAGCAGUUGUUGAAUGGGGUGGCUUGCCUUUACUUGGUUUUGCGUCGUACUUUUGCGCCAAAAGGAAAGUGAAGUAUUUGAGCAGUCGCUUGAUUUGGUCGAUAAUAGCUCUAAUAAUGGCUUUAACUGGAGUUUGUAUGUUGGCGUUCGCAGAUGGAAACAAAAGCGCAAAGCUCGCUGGAGUUGCACUUAACUACUUAUCACCCUUAGCAUUCAUUUGUGUUCUCGCAAAUAUCUCAGCGAACACACUAGGUACUACCAAAAAGUGGACUGUUUCUUCAAUAACUUUAGUCGGCUAUGCUGCGGCCAAUAUUGCUGGUCCUCAUACUUUUAUUAGCUCCCAAGCACCUCACUACUCGGGAGCUAAAAUUUCACUUGUAGUCUGUUAUGGCUCAAGUAUUUUUAUUCUUGCUGCUCUGUAUGUUUUGAACGUUAGAGAAAACAAACGGAGAGACAAGCUGGCUAUGGACAGCCCGCCUCAGCCGCAUAUAGAGAACAUUGAAUUCGCAGAUCUCACUGAUUUCGAGAACCCUUUUUUUCGCUACACUAUAUGA